CCCAAAGACACACAUACACACUUCUGUAUCUCCGAAGUCUAUAGCGAUAGGAAGGAGUGCUCCUCUUCAAAAUCAAGAACAGAACUUAAGAUCCGACUUCCCUCUCCUGCAUCCCAUUUCUCUUUCCAUCACUGUAUCUGUCUCUCUGUCUUUCUUAUUGGGUUUUAUCUCCAUCUCAUCUCUCUCUCUCUCUGCAUCUCUUGUGUUGGAUGAGGCUGAAAAUCUCUACGGCAUUGUUGGCAUAGCGUUCAGCCGAGUUUUUCCAAUACAUCCGGCAAACCUUCUGCAAACCCCUGAAGCAAGAAUUGGUUCCAAGAACCAUUUGGGAGCACCGAGGACCUCGUGGAAAGUUCUGGACUUAUCGAGAGACCGCUCUGCAGUUGGCACAAGAGGUUAAGCACUGUGUCACUCUCUCUGAACUCUCUCGACAUCCUGCUACUGUUUUUUGGUUGUUUUUUUUCCCCCACUUAUUUACUGACUUCAAGGCACAAGCCUAGUGUGUGGGAAUUUCAAUUUUAUGAAGAGGUACACAAGAAGGAUCUUGCGUCUGCAUGCUUUCCCUCUUACAACUCAACAUGGCUGCAAUGCCCGUGUCUCUCUGGAGUGUUUCUGCCCUCCUUCCAAACAGGGGCUGGUCCUGUCUGGUGCUGCCCCACUGCACCUCUCUCCUCCUGGGCUUGACACUGCUGCUGACGCUGGGUCCCCUGGAGGUCCGGGGCCAGAAUGACACAGAGCCUAUCGUGCUGGAGGGAAAGUGUCUGGUGGUGUGCGACUCCACGCCCGCCGCUGAGCCUUCUGGGAAUCCGCUGGGCAUGUCGGUGCGGUCGGGCACGGGGCGUGUGGCCUUCUCGGCCAUCCGGAACACCAACCACGAGCCGUCGGAGAUGAGCAACCGCACCAUGACCAUUUAUUUUGACCAGGUCCUGGUAAAUGUGGGGGCUCACUUUGACCCGGCACGCAGCAUUUUCCUAGCGCCCCGAAAAGGAGUCUACAGCUUCAGCUUCCAUGUGGUCAAAGUGUACAACAGGCAAACCAUACAGGUCAGCCUGGUGUUAAACGGCUGGCCGGUCAUCUCUGCCUUCGCCGGCGACCAGGACGUGACCCGGGAGGCUGCCACCAACGCCGGGCUGAUUACCAUGGAGAGGGGUGACAAGGCGUACCUCAAGCUGGAGAGGGGGAACUUGAUGGGCGGGUGGAAGUACUCCACCUUCUCUGGCUUCCUGGUCUUUCCACUGUGAGGUGGGGGAGGCGCAAUGCAGG